AUGAGGACACUGCAUGACAGUGAGCUAGCGGUCGCCAUCUAUCCUACAUUCACUUACAACGCUUUGGGCGGCGGAGGACUGGCGAAGGCAACGCAGGACGGCGACAUCGUGCACUUGACUUUUGACCCGGCCACUCUGAACAUUCCUGACGUCAACUACCGGAACACAACAUUCAUGGGUGUACCUAUGGCUCCGCCCUUCAGCAUCGCUGUCCAGCCUAGGAAGUUGGAGGGAUUUGUGGACAGAAAAACUGGAAAAGCCGAGCUCACAUUCUUGGCUGACUUCCUCUUCACAGCGGGCCCCCUGUAUAAGGCCAACGAAUGA